AAAAAAAAAAUAUUUAGGAAAAGAAAAAAAGAGAACUGUGUGAAAUUUUGGUAAAAUUUUUAAUCCAAAAUAGGACAAAAAAGAUGGACAAAAUUCUUGAAUGAACUUCACCCACAUAACGUGGAUUCGGAAAUAGAAUGAUGUGUAAAAUUGGACCGAAGGAAAAUUGCAUAAUUUAACGAAAAUUGGGCGACAGCUGAGUAGGAAGAACGAUAGUCUCGCGUAUCUACAUAUUACAUAUAUACGCUCGUAUACACUUCGCAUACCGGGUGUUCUAUCUCGGUGUGUGCCUUGAUGGCCAACGAGCUAAUUGCCGGUAUAUCAACUUUCAUUGGAUACAAUUGUGUGAACGUACGAACGCAUUGUAGUUGCAUUUGUCAUGUGGGUCAAACGGGAUACUACAUACUUUCGUACUCUUAUUAUAUUUUUUUGUUAAUAUUAUUUUUUUCGAAUGUAAGACGUAAGAAUGAAUAUAAUGUUUUUAAUGAAUACAAGUGAAUCUAGUAAAUUUUAUUUCUAGUAAUAUUUCUUUCUUUUAUUCUUUAAUACUAAGAUUCAUGUAUUUAGUAACAGGUAUGUUUAACCCUUGGGAUUGUAUUGUUGUUUUGAUAAAAUAAACUUUGGUUCAUGAAAUAAACAAUUUAAUAGGAGAAUCUUAAGACGCAGGAAACUUCAUUGUCAGAGUCAAUUGCACUUGGCAAGUCUAGUCGAUUUAACGACGAUGUGACAGAGAGCUACAAUGUUGACCUACUAUUAGAUAUAUUUUGUUACUUUUUGACUCGUAUUCUUUCUGUAAACAUAUUGUACUUUGUGAAAUUUCGAAUAUUCUCUUUUUCAUACAAAUCGUUUCUUUUAUAUUCGCGUUUACGAGUAAAAUUUAUCAAGAGAUUUCUUUCUAAAGCAAUGGCAAAGGAUCAACUAUUUGUACUAUACGUUACCGCAUUCUUAUUGGUCUCUCUUUCUAUGACGUACGUAACGAAGAUGCUAAAAAAAGAGCACUCCGCCAUAUAUUUCUCUUGUAAAACGAAAUACAAGUUUAUCGAUGUAUUACGAAUGGAUUUAAUUAGAUGACUCGUGAUUAUGUACACGCAUGAUCAAAUAUGCGUCGGCUGUUGUAUCGUUGAUAAGAAAAGGUCAUGAUAGAAGUUCAGUUUUGUUUAAGUAAAAACUAUGUACUGUGGCGUUUGCAAUGAUAGAUCAUUGUAAGCUUUCGAUCAUGUCACAAGUGUUUGUAAAUCUUUCUUGACUUGUUCGAGAAGAAGCUCGUUGUAAUAUAAUAAACAAGAAAAGUAAGAUUCUCAAGCUCGACACUAACUGUGUUUUUCGAUUCCUAAAUAAGGAGAACUUAUGGUGCAUAAACAUGGUCAUUGUUCUUGGCUAAAACGUGAUAUUCUGUGGGUCAUUAUCGCCUUGUCCUAAAUUCUUCUUUCCAAAAUCUAUAGCCUCAUCGUAAAACGAAUGCCAACAUUCAACGACGAUUUGAUCUCUUAAGGCCAAUCGUGAAUUGUCUAUAAAUAAGUGUGGUGACAGUGCAAAACAUUCAUUUCUAUAGUUCGAUGAGGGUCCAUUUCAUUAUCAUUUUAUAUUAAAACAAAGGUGAAGUGUCAACGAAUACAACGACGUUGUUAAUCUUUAUUUAUAUUUGAUAUAAGUGAGAAUGAUAUUUGCGUGAACGACAAAAUGGUUAGCACUAGUUCGCCCGGUGGGGCGAGCAUCUAUGAUCGCAAAAGAAAUAAUUUUCGUGGAAUACCAAAAGCAGAAGUUGAAAGAAGAACUAAUGUUCUUCUACAAGCAAUGACGAUCGAGGAACUUUACACGGCUCUUGUGUAUAUGACACAACAUCAAAUCGGCUAUGACGUUUCUAACGAGUGUGGACAAGAAGCUCUGUUAAAUCAUCUGCAAAAUGCAUUCAAGAUCGACAAUGAAACUCAUGAGAGAAUAUUGGAAGAAACGCAAAACAUGGAGGCUCCAGAAAUGCAUCUCAAUGUAGAAGUGAUCGAAGCCAAGGAAUUGGUAUCCAAAGAUGCUAAUGGAAAAAGCGAUCCGUUUUGCGCUCUUUAUCUCGAAUCAGCUCCUACUAGAAGAUACAAUACGGCUGUAAAAACGUCCACUCUUAGCCCAGUAUGGGAAGAACAUUUUGAAUUACCUUUAGAGGAUCCAGAAAAUGAUGUUCUAUCCCUGGAAGUUUGGGAUUUCGAUGCAGCUGAAACUGUGCCUGAGAAAAUAAGUAAAGUUAAAGAUAUUAAAGGUGUUCGUGGUCUCGUGAAACUUGCUAAGGAAAUCGCUGUAACAGCCACAACUGGUAAUCAUGAUAAUGAAUUUAUUGGACGUUGUCGAAUACCUUUAAAGGAUAUUCCAACGACUGGACACAUGAUGUGGUAUCCUUUGGAGAAAAAAAAUAAGUCUAAACGACGAGGAGUUGUUAAAUUAAAAUUGGCUUUUAGCGCGGAACAUAAUGCGCAAGUUGCUGCUCAGGAACACAGACAUUUACUCAGAGUUUUAUUGUUAUAUGAACUUGAGACCGAAAAAGUUGAAAAAUAUUGUUGGUGUGGUCGAUGGUCAGGUCCUGCAGAAGCUUUGAUCCUCCAACAUAGUGCACAACGUGGUCUUUUAGCUAGAAAUAUUGCUUUAGCACAAUGGAUUGAAUAUGCCAGGAUCCAUCAAGAACAUCCACUUAAUUUUAUGGUUUUUAAUAAAUUGAUAGUCGAUUUGUUAAGACCUAUGGAUAAUGGAUUAUUUUCUACGGACGAAACCAAACUAUUUUGGGAUGCUACAAGAAAACUAUUAUAUUCUUGUUUAAAUAGUAUCAGGAAAAUAAGGAGAUUCAUUUUAGGAGACAAGAAUGCCACAACACAAUUAUCGGCUAUUUUAGGGAUAUUAUCAUCUAUUGCCACUCUCAAAAUUCCUGAAGAUUUUGAUUUAUUUCUUGCAAAGAUGUAUCCUUGGUUUCCAGAACCAGAUGGUACGAAAUUGGAUGUUAUUCGAGGUUUAGAGAACACAGUUAUACAAGGCGGUGUCGAAUGGUUUGAGCACAUAGCAAGUAAUACUACUCCCGAGACUAAAUCGGACGAAGAUACAUUAAGAUAUUAUAUUAAAGUAAUUCAAUUAAUCAGAGCAGAUUUACAAAGAUCUAUAGAUUAUUAUGACAAGUUGUUCAUCAAAAAAAUUAAUUUUCCUUAUACAAGGACAUUGUAUAUUAUGUAUGAAAAAAAAAUAAGUGACAUGUGCAUGGAGGCUGUGGAAGAUGUAUGUGCAAGAUUGAAACAUAUAGAAGUCGAUACUAAUAAUGAUUCCGAGUUAAGUCUUGGUACAACUUUGUUCGAACUUUAUCUCACUCUUCAACGAUAUGCUAUACUGGGACAGAUAGUCUGUGCCGAAGGACAAUUGGAAACUAUGAAAAUACAAAAUUAUCAUGACUGGUUUAAAGCUGGUGUAGCACAUUGGUUAGAUAUUGCAGUAUACAAAGCUAUAAAAAGAAUUGAUAGAGCUGUUGAAUUUGAUACAUUACAGGCUAUUGAUAAUACUGUACAAUAUACAUCCAGUGCAGUUGAUACAUUAACGAUUUUUUAUCAAAUCAAAGUUUUCUGGACACAACUGGCAUGGCCUGAUGUUGAAGGAUCUUAUACAUUUGUCACUAAAAUUAUAGACGAUAUUUGUAAGUGUUCCAUUGCAUAUGCUGACAAAAUGGCUACAAAAGCAGAGAUUACAACAGAUUUAGAACAGCUUAGUGAAAAUAGUGUCUAUGAGAAAAAAUUCUUGGUAUCUAAUGCCUGGUGCUUUGCUAUUAAUAAUAUUGACUAUAUCAGAACAUCGAUUGGUCCAUUGGCAAAUGAUUUAGGGCUUCAAGGUAUCGUCGAUGCUUUAGGAGAAAAUAAGACGGAAGAAGAAGCCGAUCGUUGCAAACAAACUCUUCAGCUAAUCAUUGCUAAUGCGGCAGACACGGUGAAAAAUAAAAUUAUUGAAUUAUUAGAAGUUGUUGCGCACAAAAUGGCACCUGCUAUGAAGAGGUAUCUCAUGGAAGGAGCAGAAUUAAUAGAUACUACUAGUAAUGCGAUGGAUCGACUUUUGCAAUAUCUUGAUUCAAAUUUAACGAUAUUACACGAUAAUCUUAGUCAGGAUAAUUUUGAAAGAGUUCUCUUAGUUAUUUGGGAAAUAAUGUCUGAAACACUUUAUCAGUUAGUUCAUAGUAAUCUAGAAAAAAGAAGACCACCUUCAUUUUACUCUAAUCUACACCGGACACUUCAUACACUCAUUAGAUUUUUCAAUCUUGGUGCAGAUGAAACGUCGAACGUGCAGGUUUUAGAGAAGAUUGAAGAACUUUUGAAACUUCAUGGUUUGGAAACGGCUGAGCUUAUUCAUCGAUAUAAUCAAGAUCGAUUGAGAGAACAGAAAGAGAUGGAAGAAACUAUCUAUGGUCUUCUCACUGUUAAAGCUUGGUUCCUGAACAAUUCAUUGAAUAUUCAAAUUCUCAAUGCCAGAAAUCUACGACCGAUGGAUAGUAAUGGAGAUUUUAUAGGCAAGCUGUCUACUCUCGAGCGCAAACUGCACUCUAAAUCUAAACAAAGACUGAAAGAAGCGAAGAAAAGCAAAUGUGAUUCUUACGUAAAAAUAAGAUUAUUGCCGGAAGAAAAAUUUAUUGAUAAUAAGACACCAAAGACGCAUGUACAAAAGGAAACUUUGUUCCCUCUUUUCGAUGAAACUUUUAACAUUCCUCUUACCGAAGAACAACGAGCUAUAGAGGAUGCCAUAGUGGCUUUUGAAAUAAAAGACAAGGAUUUCUUACGAACUAGAUUUAUGGCUGAAGCCUUUCUAUCAUUCCGUGAAAUUCCAGAAGUGGGACCAGAAAAAGGAAUGGAAUCAAUGGAACAAAUUCAUUUAAAACUUUCACGGCCAAAUAAUAAAAGUACGGACGUAAUUCGAGCCUUAGAACAUAGGAAAGGAGACAACCAAGCAAUGGAUUUCAUAUCUAAAAUGCAUAAUAAAUCCAAUGCAAAAUAAAUAGAAACACAUUAAUAUAAAAAGUCAUAUCGAAUAAUGUCCAUAAAUGUAGCUAUCAUCACUCAUUGCCUUAAACUAGUGUCAUUUUUAAAGAAUUUUAAUAUUUAACAAAAAACGAAAAAAAGAGAUUUCUCCCACAUAAAUAUAAAGAAUAUUUUAAUUUGACAAUUAAGCGUUUUUAUAAAAAAAAAAAGUUAGACUAUGUAAAGGCAACAUUUUUAUACUUUCCCAUAAUAUUUUUUAAUUUUCGCAUUUCAUAAUGUUAAGGAAUUUGAAAGUCUGAAUAAGUGUUACUUAUAUUCAGUACGUGCAUUUCCAUGAGAUGCAAA